UUUUGACAACUUUGGUUGGUCAAACAGACAAAAUUUUGUAAAAGAAAUUAAAAAAAAAAGAUAAAUUUUAUUUAGUCCUAUGUCCAUCAGGUACAGCUAAACCAAAAUGCGUAACCAACAAAAUUCUCCGGUUCAAAAUAUUGAUUCGAGAUCAACAAGUGCCAAUGUAGAUCACACAGGAAAGCCUCAUUCAGAGAUCCAACUAUCUCCAGCCCAGCAGCUAACUCCCUACGAGGUGAUACGCAGGAAUAACUGCAAGACGUUCAAUUUUGUAAAGUCCGAAAGCUAUCCCAACAUCAGACCUGCAGUAUCCAAGUGCGAUGAUGCGCAGACAGUGGAUUGGUUAUACAACGAGGCUGAAGAUUUCGGCUGCGGUCGCUACUUUGACAUGGAGCAAGACGAUGUCAUCGAGGUCUGGAACAAAAGCCUCGAUAAACAGAAUCUGAGCUACUACGGGGUCAGCUCAGGCCAACCCGAAAAGGAGGCAUUACAGUUCCAAAAGGCGUUAGCGCGAGCAAUGCGAAAGGCAACGAGUGUUAAGAAGCCAACAAUGAACCCUGGCAGACUUAAGCCAGCCAAUCUUACGCUACCCAGGGAAGAUUGUAGACCCUUUGUUCUAAAUCGCGAGUUACUACAGGAAAAAAUCAAAGGCAUGCCCACUGUGCAGAGAAAGAUCAAUGCAAGCGAGGCAUUCAGCGUACUGCAUUGCCCACUUCCAAUUCAUGCACAAUAUCCGUUUGCUAGCAGCGAGCCCAGAAUUAGUUUGGCCACUGCCCUUGAUAUGGAUAGACCGGUGACAAAGCAAAAAUAUGGACUAAGGAGAAGAUACAAAUACUGCGAUCUGAAAUGUGGUAUUCCCCAGAAUGUAUGCACAGAUUAUGAGUGGACGAAGUACAAACAAGACCCGAAGGCAAUUGAGAAAGCUUUCGAGAUCGAGAUGCAGCAGCGGGAGGCUCAGCAAAUUCCUGAGCCGAAAGACUACGAUGAGCUGUUCGAACAUCUUAUAACGUGCUUUGAGAACUACAGUAAGAAAGACUCAUUGUGUGAGCUUUAUAACACUUGCUGUAAGCCGAAGAGCGAUAAAACGGGCGAUGAAGGCGGCAGUCCUCGGGGACCAUCGGGACAACCUGGUGGUGAUCAAAUAGAAUUUCCUCCCAUAAAGGACGAUAGUAUGGAUCUUGACAAACCAGAGAAGGAGAAAAAAGGAGGAACAAGUUCAGCCGACGAAAAGUCUAGCAGAGACAAGAACCUUUUCAAUAAGGAGAAGGAAGAAACCGAACACGGAAAAGAAACUUUCGGAAAAUCAGAAGGUGAUAUAGAAAAUAAGAAAAAUGUGAAGAAACAUAGUAAAAAGCCAGUUAAGGAUGGAAAGGAGGGUCAAAGCUCAGAAACUGACGCCGGAAAAAAAUGGAAAAAAGGCGAUAAAAAUGAAGAUAAAAAUACUGGUAAAAACAACAAACUAGAAAAAGCUAAAAACACAGGGAAAAAGGGUAAAUCAAGCGAGGAUGAUCACGGCAUUCCUCAACCUAUACUCGACAAUAAAGUUUCUACCAUUUCUGUUACAUCCGUCAAAGGCAAAACAAAAAAGAAAAAGAAGGUAAUAGAUCAAGAGAACAAAAGACAACAGCGCAAAUCUAAGACACCCAAAAGUAAACCACCAGUUGUGGAUCACUGUAAAAAACCAAUGAAGGAUUGCCCAUGUGAAAUUUGCAAAUUUAUGAAACGUCGCCAAACGGAGCCGGACACUCCGUUUAUUUCUCAAUUGAAGCGAGAAGAGAAGCGACGACAGCUGCGGGAAUACUACCGAAUGCGGUGCCAUCGCGAACAGCUCAAGUGUCGCCGACCAGAGUAUCCUGCACCCCAGCACAAAUGCGAUCCCAUUGUUUGCGAUGAUUUCUUCUGUAAAAAUCCUAGAAUAUCGAAAUAUUGUGACUGCUUAAAGGCCAUGCAGGAGCUACAAAAACAACUUGGUCCCAAGCAUCGCAAUAUGAAGAAUGAAUUGAUAUUCAACUUAAGGGAUUUAAGGAGUCGCCUAUGCAAGCGCCUAUGUGACUGUCUUUCGUAACUUAAGAAAAAAAAAUGUAUUAUCAGAUUAUAUAGAUAUGUGACUGUGUACGUGUACGCAAAAUAAUUGCGAGCUGAUGUGACUUAGUGAUUCAUUAGGUGUAAGAUUAUUGUAAUCAAUUGUUACAAUAUAUGUUUUUGAUUCUAA